AUGAACGCCGAUUUCAUCUUCAUCAAUGUGCAAAAGCCGAGAGACGCCCUCAAGCUGGCCAAGGACUCGCGCAUCCGGGCCCAUGUGACGCGCAGGCAGUGGAAACAGACUGAGGAGCGAUCCCAGGAGGCGGUCGAGAAAGUUCUGAAAAAAGCAAAGAGACAGGCCCAGGACAAAGACAUUUCCAAGCAUGAAAGCAAUAAAAAGAUCGAGAAGACGGAGAAAUCCGACAAACUUGACAAGCCUGAUAAGCUCAAGCCCGAGCGUGGCCAGCAGGGCUUAGUUGCGGGCGCUGUGAUCAAGUACGAUCCUUCACAUUCCAGUCCCACGCAGUCGGUGCCUGUAUCCUUCUGGACCUUGCCUGUUGAUCGGCCCUUUGGAGGCCUGCGAGGGGACCCCUUUCGGUCUUACCCUGUCGCAUGGCGGCCUUUCCUACCGCAACUGGUGGACCACUACCUCAUGAGCAUGGCCGUAGAUAUUCCUGAACUGGACCAACCGGGGAACAGAGGCCUCCUCCGUACCGACUGGUUCCCCCUUGUUAUGACCGAGCCCUCGCUCUUCCAGGUGAUUGUCCUACUCGCCGCAUCCAACUUCGCAUCCGUGCAGGAAUCGACAGAUAUGAAGCUGCACCUGCUCGGUCUGCGAUGCGAAGCAGUACAAGCUGUUAAUGGCUCUUUGGAGUUGCAGUCGGCUGCUGUUAGCGACGCCUUGAUAGGUGCGAUCGCAAAAAUGGCCAGCUACGAGGCCAUGUACGGAAAUGUUGACAACUAUGCGGUCCACAUGCAAGGGUUACAGCGGGCUGUCGAGCUUCGCGGAGGCCUUUACUCACUGGGACUCGGUGGCCUUCUGCGUCGCAUUGUGAUCUGGAUCGACCGCAAUGGGGCAUUUCUAAACGGGUCGAAGUUGUACUUCCCCGGUGAAAGUUUCGCGCCAGGACAGCCGCUGCUGGACCCGAAUCCAGGGCAUUUCCUAGGAGCUCAGUAG